AUGAAUCAUUGCAUUCCAAACCGUCGUUUAAGGCCUUUCGCAAAUGUUGUUAAUAGCGGGUUUGUUGUGACUUCUCCUCUUGCUGGCGAAUAUGUCCAUUAUGUUUUUUGUGAUAAAAAUAGUCCUCUAUUUAAAAUGCCAAUUAAAUUAUUUCGUUGCUCAGAAUAUAUUGGAAUGAAAAAUACCGAAAUAAUUCGUCGUGAACGUACUCUUGAAUUUGGUGAUGGAAUUUAUUUUACUUCUGACAACCGAGGGGUGGUUUUAGAUUAUGAAAAAUCAAUGAAGGUUUAUGAAACAAAUUGUAAUUAUGAUAAAAAUUUGGCAAAUAAUGAUGUUCCAAUAUUUACUUGGAUUUCAAUUCAAAUCGACACUGUCAGGUUAAAAUUGGUACCGGAAUUUGACGAAUUUAUUGAAGUUGCUGUUGAUGAAAGAAAAAUUGCUUGGGAAACAGAUUGGAAUGAACAAAAAACAAAUCCAAAUACAAGUAAAUAUACGUGGGAUACAACUGAUGAUGAAGAAGAUAUAAAAAAUGUUAUUGUUGAAAAGAAGGAAGGGGAAGUUUUGGAUGUAAAACUUAAAUUGGAAGGUUAUUUAAUUGGAAGAAGAGAAUUAUUUUGUCCAGAACUUCGUCAUAAUCGAGUAAAUAUUGGUCUAUGGGAAAAACAUUUGAGUAAAUUUGAAAAUCUUCCUUUGGGGUCUAAAUUUCGUUUUGAUGCUUAUUUCAAUGAUAUUCUACAAAUUUAUAUUGCAUAUUAUUAUGAAGAUAUUACUACUGAUGAAGUUUGUUGGGUGGAUAUGGAUGAAGAUGAACCAGAAAAAACUACAAUUCAACUUCGUCUAUUUCCUUCAGAUACUUUUGGACAGCUUUACAACAAUCCAGAAUUUGGUUUAAUUUUUGACCCAAAAAAGUUGUUAAGUCCUUUAACUUAUCUUUUUGCUGAAUUGGAGGUUGAUGAAGUCUGGGUUAAUGUAAUCGAUACUGGACCUGAUCCGAAGAAAAUUUGUAGAUUUAUAAUGAUAGAUGAUCAACCUGCUUGUACUCGUGAUGUGAUCCAAGCAGCUAAAGAUAUGGCUGAAAAAUCAGAAAACAAUAUUAUCGAUGAAGGAUUUAUUAUAGAUUCGAAAGGAACAUUUUUUUCACCAAGGAAUGCUACUUUAAAUUUUGAGUUUCCGGAGAGCGAGAGGGACAACUUUCCCGUCGGUCAUUGGACAAGAUUUGAAGCUAAAUAUGAUUCUGUUACAAAUAAAUAUUUUAUAAUUGGGGGAGAAUUAAUUCUUGAAAAGAGAAUGGUGCCAAAUAGUUUAAUUGAAUAUUCUACUGCGGAUAAUCAAAAAAUGGAGAAAUAUCAGGUAUGUUUUGUGGAGAAAUAUGGAUCUUCCGAUUUUUGA